AUGAAGAUAAUAAUUCUAAUCUUUUUCUUUAUACUUCCCGUGGCAUUUGCAGAACUGCAGGUUGGAUUCUAUGGCUCCACAUGCCCAAAAGCAGAGUCAAUUGUGCAGCAAGUGGUGCAAAACCGAUUCAAUCGUGACAAAUCCAUAACAGCAGCCUUACUUCGCAUGCAUUUUCAUGAUUGUUUUGUUAGGGGUUGUGAUGCAUCCAUACUCAUAGACUCAACCAAGAAUAACACAUCAGAGAAAAAUACAACUGCAAACGCUACCGUUAGAGGAUAUGAUCUGAUUGAUGAGGUGAAGGAAAGCCUUGAAGCUACAUGUCCUUCAACAGUGUCGUGUGCAGAUAUCAUAACAUUAGCAACAAGAGAUGCUGUUGCCUUAUCUGGAGGAUCCAAAUACGUUGUUCCCACAGGAAGACAUGAUGGAUUAGUCUCUAACAGUAAUGAAGUUGAUUUGCCAGGACCCUCCACUCCUGUGCCAUUAGCAUCACAAAUUUUUGCAAAAAAGGGCAUAACAACAGAGGAAAUGGUGACCCUUUUGGGUGCACAUACAGUUGGUGUUGCACACUGCAAUUUUUUUUCUAAUAGACUUGGUAGGGUUCCUGACCCUUCAAUGGACCCUGCCUUAGAAGCUAAGCUUGCUAAGUUAUGUAACUCUACUUUGAGCGAUGACCCUGCUGCAUUUUUGGAUCAGAAGACACCUUUUCUUGUUGAUAACCAGUUCUACAAACAGGUUCUUGUUAAAAGGGGUAUAUUGCAGAUUGAUCAACAACUUGCCUUGGAUACAACUACAAAGGAUUUUGUGUCAGGUUUUGCAUCCAAUAAUAAUAAGUUCCAAAAGAGUUUUGCAAAUGCAAUGAUAAAGAUGGGAAAGAUUGAAGUUCUGGUUGGAGAUGAAGGAGAAAUUCGCAAGAAUUGCAGGGUUUUCAACUAA